CGUUCGCCAGGCACCCUUAAGGAGUGGCACUUUUUAAAAGUGCAGCCCCAAGGCCCGCCCGGACGCCGCCGCCUCCUCCACCACUUCGUUGCGCGUCUUUGCUGAGUCGAGUCCCCCUAGUCCCGGCCGUGCGUGCUCCCCCUAAGUUCCACACCGCACCAUCUCGGCCACACCAUGCCGGUGAAAGGAGGCACCAAGUGCAUCAAGUACCUGCUCUUUGGAUUUAACUUCAUCUUCUGGCUUGCCGGCAUUGCGGUCCUGGCCAUUGGACUAUGGCUGCGAUUCGACACACAGACCAAGAGUAUCUUCGAGCAAGAAAAUAAUCAUUCCAACUUCUACACAGGUGUGUACAUUCUGAUCGGUGCUGGCGCCCUCAUGAUGCUGGUGGGAUUCCUGGGCUGCUGCGGAGCUGUGCAAGAGUCUCAGUGCAUGCUGGGAUUGUUCUUUGGUUUCCUCCUGGUGAUAUUUGCCAUUGAGAUAGCUGCAGCCAUUUGGGGAUAUUCUCACAAGGACGAGGUGAUUAAUGAAGUACAGAAAUUUUACGUGGACACCUAUACCAAGCUGCAGAACAAGGACGAACUGCAGAAGGAGACGCUGAAAGCCAUCCACUAUGCGUUGAACUGCUGUGGCAUUACUGGAGCCCUGGAGCAAUUCCUCACGGACCUCUGCCCCCAAAAGAGUUUUGCUGAGUCCCUGAAAGUAAAGACCUGCCCUGACGCCAUCGAGGAGAUCUUUAACAACAAAUUCCACAUCAUCGGUGCAGUGGGCAUCGGGAUAGCUGUGGUGAUGAUAUUCGGCAUGAUCUUCAGCAUGAUCCUGUGUUGUGCUAUCCGCAGAAGCAGAGAGAUGGUCUAGAGUCAGUUUGGAAGCCCGAGCAGGAACAUGGGCCCCUAAAGAGAGUUAAUUCUCUUGAGGGGUUCUGGUUGUUUGUUUUUCUCUUGUUUUGCCACUAACUUUAGUUAUCAUUCUGCAUUUCUAAACAAAAACAGUUUUUUCUAUGUUUGUCUUUUUAAUGCUUUUUUUUCAAUAUUGAUAUUUGUAGUGGAGGGAUUGAGGGGUAUGGUUUGCUUUGGUUUAUAUUUUUUGUUGUUUGUUUUUGCUUAUUCAGUAAGCAAAACUCCUGCAAUGAAAGGUACUAUAUUUCCUAGACUCUAGACAAAAGAUAUUGUACAUAAAGAGAAUUUUUUUGUCUUUAAAUAGAUAAAAAAUAUAUAUCAAAUUUAAUCAGGUUGUAAGUUAUGUUGAAGACAAUUUGAUACAUAAUAAAGAAUUAUGACAAUAUA